AUGAAUGUCCGAGAGGCGCGGACCGUCAUGGUCCUGACGGGCUCCCACACCAUCACCGCCGGCUACGGCAUCCACGAGAUCUUCCGCCGCCCCUCGGUCACCCUCACUGCCCGCGUGGGUCUGCCGCGGUCCAAGGCCGACACCCUUAUGCCCGCCUCCGCAUCCGCAUCCGCAUCGACAUCAGCGUCUCAUCCGCCAGACUACACCCAGUACCUGGUCGGCGCAGCUCUCGACGAGGCGGAGCGCAAGGGCCAGGACCUCGCCAUCUUCUGGCCCAUGCGCCACGGCGUCAUCCGCGACUGGCAGCAGAUGAUUGCCCUGUGGAGCCACGUCCUCUUUGCUCUGCUGCCCGUCAAGCGCUCCGCCAACGACUCGUACAUCCUCCUCAGCCUACCCGCCCCCAUCUCCCGCGACACCCACACGCUGCUCGCCCAGGUCUUCUUCCAGCACUUCAACGCCCCUGCGCUCUGCAUCGUCGAAAAGCCCCUCCUCGCCGCCUACGGCGUGGGAACUAUGAACGCCACCGUCGUCGACCUCGGAUGGGAGGGCUGCGACGUAACCCCGGUCUUUGAGUGCCAGGUCCAGCACAACGCCAAUGUCAAAUCGGCGGUCGGCGCGCGGCACUGCACCCUCUUCCUUGCCCACCUCCUUCGCCGCGACCAGAGCAUCGUCAGCGCACUCACCGCGCUGCUGCGCUACAAGCGCAAGAGCAAUACGUCGUCGUCGUCAGCGGCCUCGACGGCCCAAGGGGCCCAAGGUUCUGGCGGCGGCGCCGACGACGACGAGGAUGCACAGCUUCAAGACGCCCUAGUGGCUCUCGCACGGCAGCUGGUCGAGGAUGGCCACGUGCUCGACGAGGAUGCGGUCCGCAGCGGCGCAUCCGGCCUCACCGCCGCGGGCGGCGAUGGCGGCGAUGACGACGACGGCAACUUUGACAUCGCCGCCGCGCUCGUCGAGGGACGUGACAAGAAGACCCGGGCGGCCAUGGACGAGGAAGAGGAGCGACGGCGCGCGGCGCUCGAGGCGGCUCACGCCGACGACGGGCUUGACGAGGCCGUCAUUGCGUCCAUCACGGGUGAUGAGGGACAGGCGGGCGCGUCGACCGACGAAAAGGCGGUGCUGGUCCAGUUCCGCGGGCUCAAGCUCAAGGUCGGGCCCGAGCGCUUCCGCUUCCUCGAACCCCUUUUCCGACCGGAGCUGCUCGAGGGCGUGCGCGGGGCCGACGAGGUCGCGUUGGGCGACGAGCCGUUCGGCGCCGGCCCCUUCCCCGACUUUGGUGUUGCCAGAGGCGGGCGGUUCGAUGGCUUCGUCGCGCCCCUCGCAUGGCCCGACUGGUCUCGCGUCGCAUCGCUGCCGUCGUGCAUCGCCCAGUCGAUUGCGAGCAUCGAUGAGCUGGACCGCCGCGUGACGCUAUGGGAGAACCUCAUCCUGCACGGCUCGCCCGCCAAGAUCAAGACGAUCCAGAUUGAGACCAUCUCUGCACUCUCGGACCACGUCGCCUCGGCCGGUACAGAGACGGGCCAGGUCAUGGGCGAGCCCAACCCGCUGCAGCCGCGCAAUGUGCGCGCGCUGAGGGUACCCGACUACUUUAGCGAGUUCAAGGACCGCACCGACCUCGCCGGCUUCCUCGGCGCAACGGUCUAUGCAAAACUCGUGUUCGGCGACUUGCAGGCCAAGAGCUACAUUACCAAGCAGAACUACAACGAGAUGGGGCCCAACGCCGCCUACAGCGUCAGGCCGACCACCUAG